AUGUCUUGUUUAAACUCCACCUCACUACUUUUCAUCAUUUGCUUGAUUCUGUCAAUAUUUAUAAUGACAACGCCAACCAAUGCUCAAGUACGCCUAUCUUCUAGUUCGACUCCCACGAACUCUGCUCACUUAAAUUCUCUGUCUACCACCACAACCCGAUCUUCUGUAGCUGCAAUACCAGCGCAAACUCAUCAAGUUCUAAAGCCUACCGCAUCCUCUUCCUCUAGACAAUCAUCCACACCUACAGCAACGCCAAAUUAUAAUUUCCAAGAUUUCAAUAAUUUACCUGGUAAUCCCGAUCCGAAUCAGAUCAAAAUAAUAUCUGCCACUACAAUCAAACAUACAGGCAUCAAAUCUCCUAAACCUACUGGUAUCGUUAAUUCUGAUCAAAGCGAAACUGGAGCUGGUAAUAGUCUAAGAGUCGGCGGUGGUUUUGGUUCCAUGUGGAGUAUAUUAAUACUUGAGCUCGGAACUUUGAUGAUUUCCUUGGCAUUUGUCGGAUUCGACAAUUAUAAAUAA